AUGAGGAUGUUGAGAUGGAUGUGUGGGCAUACUAGAUUGGAUAGAAUUAGGAGUGAAGUUAUUCGAGACAAGGUGGGAGUGGCCCCUGUGGAGGCAAAGAUGCGUGAGGUAAGGUUGAGGUUGUUCGGGCAUGUUAAGAGGAGAAGCGCAGAGGCCUCUAUCAGGAGAUGUGAGAGGUUGGCCUUAGGAGGUGUGAGGAGGGGUAGAGAGCUAUGCGAACGCGGCCCCACUGAUGCGACCGCGCAGAACAUAACCUGGCUUGCCAAAAAUCCUUCUAUGCGAUCGCGGGCCCAGGCUCGCGAUCACGAAGGCCAAAUUACACCUGCAACUGCUGCUGCAAAUUUCUGA